AUGAUGCACCAGCCUCCUCACCACCUGCCGCGCCUCCUCCCGUCGUCGUCGUCCUCGUCUGAGACGGCGGAGAUGGACCCCCGCGUGUGGCGCCGGCUGCCGCAGCCGCUGGUGGACCGCGUGCUGGCGUGCCUCCCAACGCCGUCCUUCCUCCGCCUCCGCGCCGCCUGCCGCCGCUUCUACAGCCUCCUCUACUCCUCGCCGUUCCUCCAUUCCCACCUCCUCCUCUCCCCGCACCUCCCCUUCUUCGCCUUCGCCGUCCCGUCCGCGGGGCACCUCUCCCUCCUCGAUCCCACCAGGCAGGCGCCCUCCUGGUCCCGCCUCCCGCUGCCGCUGCCCGCGCCGGGAGCCGGGCAGGCGUUCUCCCCGGCGGCCGCGUCGGCGGGCCUGCUCGCGUUCCUGUCGGACGCGUCCGGCCACAAGACGCUGCUCCUCGCCAACCCCAUCACGCGCCUCCUCGCGCCGCUGCCGCUCUGCCCGAACGCGCGCCUCUCCCCCACCGUGGGCCUCGCCGCCGGUCCCACCUCCUUCAUCGCCGUCAUGGCCGGCGACGACCUCGUGUCCCCCUUCGCGGUCAAGAAUAUCUCCGCCGACACCUUCGUCGCUGAUGCCGCCUCCGUCCCGCCCUCCGGCUUCUGGGCCCCGAGCUCCCUCCUACCCCGCCUCUCCUCCCUUGACCCCCGCGCCGGCAUGGCCUUCGCCUCUGGAAGGUUCUACUGCAUGAGCUCGUCGCCGUUCGCGGUGCUUGUGUUCGACGUGGCGGCCAACGAGUGGAGCAAGGUGCAGCCGCCGAUGAGGAGGUUCCUGCGGUCGCCGGCGCUCGUGGAGCUCGGUGGCGGGAGGGAGCGCGAGGCGAGGGUGGCGCUGGUCGCGGCCGUCGAGAAGAGCCGCCUCAGCGUGCCACGGAGCGUGCGCGUCUGGACGCUGCGCGGCGGUCAUCACGGGGGAGCGGCGGGCGGCGGCGGCGCGUGGACCGAGGUGGCGCGGAUGCCGCCCGACGUGCACGCGCAGUUCGCGGCGGCCGAGGCCGGGCGCGGGUUCGAGUGCGCGGCGCACGGCGACUUCGUGGUGCUGGCGCCCCGCGGGCCCGCGAGCCCCGUGCUCGUGUUCGACUCGCGCCACGACGAGUGGCGGUGGGCGCCGCCGUGCCCGUACCCGUACGUCGGGGGGAUCGGCAUCGGCGCGGGGUUCAGGGUGUUCGCCUACGAGCCCCGCCUGGCGACGCCGGCCAUCGGCCUCCUCGACGCCACGGCCCCGGCGGCCUUGCAUGGAAUGCAGGGCUAG